CAUCGUCCACGCGCUGCUGCUGCUGCUGCCGCCGUGUGAGGUUUGUUUGAAUGGGAGGACGACAGUGGGUAAAAAAAAACAAAAAAAAAAAACACACUCCCUCCCCCCCUUCCCGUCUGUGAAUGACUGAACAUACCGGAGACAUCCUGCUGCCUACAUCUGACAUCUUCUUUAAUGUGAUAUAUCUGGUCUGUCAGAGCCAAACGGACGUUGUUGUUGAGAGGAGUUGACGUCAAGGCUGCUUUUCUGCCCCCAACAGCAUCACCGGUCCACUGCACUCCUGAGGAGCCCGCUGCUCUCUUCAGGCAUUUCUUCUUCUUUGCUUGCUAUUCCCCCGACUCUGUCUCUGCUCCCGGAUAACCUGUGGACAUUACUCAGCAUGCUCGGAGCCUCAGGGCAGACAGACUGACUCAGGGGCUCACCAGCUUUCAUUAGAGGCUCUGUAGGAAAAGAUCGACAUCCUCCAGCCAGUGAAGAAGCCAUGCUCCUCUGGUUCCCUCAUGGCCGUGCCACUAUGACCAUCACCCUCCUCCAGUACCAGCUGAUGUUUGUUCUGGCCCUGGCUGUGCUUCUCUGCUCCUUGGGCCGAGUGACAGGUCAGGGGGAAAGCGAGACACAGUCCCCUGCCAAGGUGCUCCAGGACCUGCUGGCCCGCCAUGGAGACAACAGCACCAUCACGGUGCCCCAGCUGCGCGCUCUGCUGGCCCUCCUCAGCAAGGGUCAGGGUGAAGGUGACCACGACAGCAGCAAUGUCGCUGAGACACCUACAACCACACCUCCCAAAUCCAACCACUCCACGUGCUUAGCUGCAGACACACUGGCUAUUUACAGCAUCAGCGAGCAGUCACGGCUGGAUGGGCAGGGCUUACAGGAGCUGUGCCCCACCAUGCUGCAGCAGUUGGAUGCUGGCACCUGUAGGGUGCAAAAUAAGGAGGAGCUGAGCAGUGACACCUCUCCCAGGCCCACAGAUGCUGAAGUGUGGGGAUUUUCUAUCCUGAGUGUGACAGUGAUCAAUGCCUUCUCCCUCCUUGGAGUCGUCAUCGUGCCUCUCAUGAAGACACGCUACAUGAAGUACGCGCUCACCUUUUUCAUCGCUCUUGCUAUUGGCACGCUUUACUCCACUGCGAUCCUGCAGCUCCUGCCAGAGGCCUUUGGGUUUGACCCCAUGGUAGAUUUCUACGUGUCCAAGUCUGCUGUGGUGUUUGGAGGAUUUUACCUCUUCUUCUUCACUGAAAAGGUCCUCAGAGUGCUUCUCAAACAGAAAAACGGGAGUCACGGUCACGGUCACAGUCAUUACCCCGGUGCAGAUCGUUACUCGACACACGACGGGGAUCUAGAGGAGGGGGAGAAGGAGAAGCUGCAGCAAAACGGAGAAGCCAGCAGUCUGGCUCUGGGCAAGGUGGACGCAGGGGAGGGUGAGCUCAUGCUCAGUCCUGCACAGAUACCACAGGACUCCCAGAACCCAGACAGCGGGGGGCGCUCCGGCAGCAGUGGCGGUGGCUGCUAUUGGCUGAAGGGGACGACCUACUCUGACAUCGGCACGCUGGCCUGGAUGAUCACAUUGAGUGAUGGCCUGCACAACUUUAUCGACGGCUUGGCCAUUGGCGCCUCCUUCACCGCCUCCGUCUUCCAGGGCGUCAGCACCUCCGUGGCCAUCCUGUGUGAGGAGUUCCCCCACGAACUCGGAGACUUUGUGAUCCUGCUGAACGCUGGUAUGAGCAUACAGCAGGCUCUGUUCUUUAACUUCCUGUCGGCUUGUUGCUGUUACCUGGGCAUGGGCUUUGGCAUCCUGGCCGGCAACAGCUUCUCCCCCAACUGGAUCUUUGCCCUGGCAGGGGGAAUGUUCCUCUACAUCGCUCUGGCAGACAUGUUUCCAGAGAUGAAUGAGGUGAGUCGUGAGGAAGAGAACGCGGGCGGCAGCAGCUUCCUCCUCAUCUUUGCCAUCCAGAACGCCGGCCUGCUGACGGGCUUCUCCAUCAUGCUCCUCCUCACCACCUACUCUGGACAGAUACAGCUGGGCUAGCACCGGGCUCCUCUGGACCAACACCAGCUCUGACCAGUGUGAAAUGAGACUGAGAUGUGCUGGUGUAAACUGACCCCAAGAGGAGAACUCUUUUUCUCUUUAUCUUCCUGCCAUUGUCAGUUUUCAGGACCCUGGAGUUUGGAGGGUUUGGCUUUUGUGCGGCAGGUACGCACACUCAUCAACAAUAUUUGAGUAGCUGUUUGUGCGAAGUUCCCAGAUGCAGUAGAUCCCAGGCAGAGGAGGGGUGGCAGCCUUCUUUUUCAUGUUUUAUUAACCUUUUCCUGACAGCUGCUCCCUGCUUUCCUGACAGUCUAGAAAUAUCAACUGAAGCAGCCUACAGAGACGAGUUAAAGACGUGCGACUCCCUCACUGAAGAUGAACUGACGUGCAAUAUUCACCCAGUCACUCAAACUUUUCUCUAUUCCCCAGACUACUGAUCAGCUGUUCUGGCUCCUGCUCUUGUUUUUUCUCCUGUCGUCCUUCCCUAAGUGGAUGUUAUUGAGCCUCAACUGUUGAGAUUCAGUAGAUACAGAGUAUUAAUAUCUCUAAUCCUCUAUGCUCUAUACACUUCUUCAUGAGAAAAGCACAAUCAGGUAACAGCAGCUGUAUUACUGACAUCCUUGAGUCUUUUUCCUUCUGUUCUGGACUUUAACACCCCCACCCCCCCCUUUUCAUUCCAUACCAAAAACAAAUUAUUACAGACCUGAACUGGAAUUUUAAUCACAUUAACAUCAAAUUGACUUCCAGCUGGACAUUGUCGUUUGUGUGUUGUUAUUUUUUAUAUGUGAUAAACAUGAAAAAUGAUCUGACUUUUGAAGACCAAAUGUGGGCCGACCAUUGAGCCUGGUGAAGGGCUACGCACCGGCGUUUGGAAGGGCACACUUUAUUCUGCUCAGUAUGGACUUGUGUACAUCCUCGGCAUGCAGUAGGAAAUUCCUAAUGAAGCCUGGGUCAGAUAUGUAAAGCGUCAUGAAGUCCGGAGUUUGAUAUUAGUGGCUUUAUCCGGAUCAGACGCAGCAGCAUUUCUCUGUAUAGUUUACCAUCUGUGCCCUUCAUUAAUAUAGCGUUGAAUAGUUAGUUUUUUUUUUUAUUCCUUUUAUUAUUGAACUCAAAGUGCAAAUCUCUGGUCUUCGCACAUCCCAUAGACUAUUUUUCCCAGAAUUGUCUAUUCUUUUAUUGUACAGUAAUAGUUUGAACAGAAUACUGUAAGCUGAGUUAUAUAUACACGCACACUUCGCCUACUGGUCUGUGACCUUAUCCAUAUUAAUCAUACAAAAUAAUGAAGUUAUAUACUGUAUCUAGUUAGGUUGUUAUGACAGACUCUCUGAUUCUAUAUUAUGUGUUCUGUAUCUCAAUUAUAUGGCCAAAAGUAUGUGGACAUGCUUGUCUUCAUGCUGAUAUGCACUUUUGGGAUUGUUUUCAUGAUUUGUGAUAGCCCCAGUUUGUUCCUCUCAAAUAUUAUUAUUAUUAUUAUAUUCGCGUCACAGAGCUAAGCAGCCGUUUUUAUGAAAAAUAAAUACCUAGACAUCUUUGAAAGACCCUCAAGAAGCUCAUUUAAUAAAUCAGUAGGUAUAAAGAAAAUAGUUCCUACAUGAAACUGCUCACAACAAGGUCUGUGGAUUAUCUUGAGUAACCAGGUCAUGAUUUCUGGAAAGAGACAUUGCUGUUGAGUUUUUCAAAUGUUUAUUUAUUUUUUAUUUUUUUGGCACUUUGAGCACCACAAGCCAAGUGCCAUAUAGUCCCAUUAUAUAUAUAUAUUUUUUUUUUUAAAAAGGCAGACAUCUCUACGCCCGAUAUCUCCUGAACUCGGCAAUGUGAUUUCACACUGACAUUUGGGUGUCCACAUAUUUUUGGCCAUGUAGUGUCAUUUAAAUCUGAGGAGAACCAGUGAAAAACAUUAUUAUCUGUAAUGUUGAUUGUUUAUUGGAGCGUUCAGGGUACCAGUUGUUUGUCACAUUGUAAUGCAACUGGUUUUACUUCAACAAACUGUAACAGUAGUAUCGUUAAGGAUGAAACUCACCAUAGCAACAUCGUCCUUUGUUAUUGUGUACACUAAAGUUUGGAGGGUCUCUGUUCCAUAUUUAUUGAUAUCUUACAGUGGUUUUCAGAGUGCACUGAUUUCACUCUGUACAAUAUUCAAAAUUCAACACAGAAUAAGCGAUCCAUUACCAAAAGCUGUUUACUUUUCGGUAGAUUCAAUAUCAGCGUAGAAUAGAGCUGUAGUUUAUUAUUUAUUAGAGAUAGAAACUGGAAGCCAUGAUUGGCUGUCACAUUGUAUAGGCCUACUUUAACAGUAUGAAUGUUUUCUGUUAUUCCUGGAUGAAGAAGGCAAGCCAUUAAAAUAGGUACAAUAUUACUACUGUUUGAUAUGUAUGGGAGAUUAUUUAUUGUUGUUUAAGCCAUAAAAUAUUUAUUUUAUGUUUAAUACCCAAGAUAAAGUAUUCAAUUUAGCUUUAGACCGCAAGCCAUGAAAGCAGACAAAAAUUUUUGGGGUUUUUUUUGUCGUUUAUCUUUGUUUAAGUAUUUUAUUUUGAAUAAAUGAGAUGGCUGCUGGAAUUAAUAAACUUAUUGCAUUGCACAUUUUAACUGUAUGUUAAACACUGAAGACAGACCAUAUAUACACAGAGAUACAGAAUGUCUGCUCAGUUAUGAUAACCUUAACCUCAUACAGUUAAGGUCAGACUCAAACCAGUAAAUGGGAUAGUAAAUUCAGGAGCACAGACAAUAAGCCAGCUUUAUUAGUGCAAAAACACUAAUUUCAACAGAAGUGUCUCUCUUUCAGUGUCGAAGAGCCAACCAAUAAUUGACAUUCUGGAGAUUUUAAUCAUUUAUGGAUACGCUUUUAAACUUGUAAUGCAUCAUUUUGAAAAAUAUUGUAUCUAAUGUAAUUUAUGGGAAUCCUCAUCAGCCUUCUCUCUGUCUCAUGGGAAUCUUUUUUUAUAAACAUCCUUUUCCAAGAAAAUCAUGUGUCAAGAGUCAUCAUGGUGAUACUGUAUUUGUUUACCUUCUUAACACUUUAUUCAGCCAUUUUAAUGAAGAUCGGAUUAGAUUUUAGUGCAAAUGAACUGCUCCCCUAUAGUCCUCUUAAAGCAAAGCUUCCAUCAAGAUUCAGGUAUAAUAUUCUAUAUUACCUAUUUACCUUUUAUUUUUGUUCUUUAUUGCUGCUGCUUUUGGGUUUACUGUAUGUAAAGCACUUUUUAAACAUUGUUUUUAGAAAAGUGCUUUACAAAUGAAGUUAUUAUUAUUAUUAUAUUCCUUUUUUGAAGCACUAAAGUUAGCAGAUUAGUUAGUCAAGAUUCCCUCCAGCUUCAGCUACAUUUUAAAAAAGCAGAUGUGCUCCUCAGAGAUGGAUUCAUUCUCUCUUGGGGUACAAAUGGUAAAAAAAACAAUAAAUAAAU